ACAGCGGAAUGGCGUGAGUGAGUAGCUUACAGAGUUUUUGCAGCAGCAGUAGCCACGAACAUGCCUGUGUACUAGUUAAGUCUGCUCAUUCACUUGUUUUCAGCAGUUUAACAUAUGAAACACUGAAAUGAAGACACUAGUCGUAGGAGUUGGAGGGAUGACCAAUGGGGGAAAAUCUACUCUUUCUAAGAGUCUACAUCAGCUGAUACCCAACAGCUGUCUCAUUGCACAGGAUUCAUAUUUUAAGGAUGAUUCUGUGGUUCCAGUGGACAGCAAUGGGUUCAAGCAAUAUGACAUGCUCGAUGCUCUCCACAUGGACACAUUGAUGAGCGAGGUCGACUCAUGGCGAAGAGAUCCGGAGUCGUUCCUGAGGCGGCAAGGCCUGAACCCAGAGCGCACGACACCAUCAGUGGAGGAGGAGGUGUAUGUGCUGAUAGUGGAGGGCUUCCUCAUUUUCAACCAUAGGCCUCUGAAUGAGCUAUUUUACAAAAGAUACUUCAUGGAAAUACCUUACGAUGUCUGCAAAAGGAGACGAAGUUCAAGGGUGUACACGCCUCCCGAUCCUCCUGGAUACUUUGAUGGACACGUGUGGCCAAUGUACCUGAAAAACCGGCGGGAGAUGGAGAACAUGGGGUCUGGAUUUUUAUUUCAGGAUGGUCUGAAGCCAAAGGAAGAACUGCUGGCCGAUGUGUAUGAAAAUGUUUGUCAGGAAAUAGAAAGGCUCAGGGAGAAAGACUGAUAUGGUCUGAAUUUAAUUUGUUUGCCGUUUGAAGAUGGUGACUGCUGCUCCAAUGGAUUUCAGUUUAUUUUAAGAUUAUUGUGUGACUGAAAGGACCACAACAAGUGUUAAUGUCUAUGUAAAAUGUACAAUAGUUAAUAUUGCUGACAAAAAAAAAAAGAAUCUGAAAUUGUUGGUGCUGUAGACUUGACAAAGACCGGAUGACUUUUAAGUCAUAGACAGUAUUUUAAAGUUAGGAUGCACUCUGGGAAACUUAAAUAUGUGACGUUUUUCACAAGUUGAUGCUAAAUACAGUUGACUGAUGUGAUAUCUUACAAUGUUUUAUAUCUCUCUGCGUUGUUUGUAUGGAGGAUAUUUACUCUUUUUUGUUUCUUUAAAUCUCACAUGUACAUACUGAGUAUAUAUAUAUAUAACAAUAACUUGUGAUGUAACUCCAGUUAACCAAGUACAAUAGUGUGCAUCAUUGUCAAAUAUCAUUUCUCACUCAUAGUUAGUAUAACAAAUAAUAAACA